UCGACUCCGACUGAUCUGGUGAGAGGAUGUCAGGCUCUCAGAGACCCACCGCCGCAAUUUCGCACGUCUUCAGGGGAACGUUUAUCCACUCGACGCAAGAAACUGCGGUGCAGAUCCUGGAAGAUGCGCUCCUGGGAGUGGAUACGGGGGGAAAGAUUGCUUUCAUCGGGAAAGCUCAGACGCUAGACAAACUCUCUAGGACAUUUGGAUUCAGCCCGUCGCAAGUCACUCAACUGAAACAACAUGAAUUCCUCAUGCCAGGAAUGGUGGACACCCACAUUCAUGCAUCCCAGUACAGCUUCGCUGGUACGGCCCUGGACAUGCCCUUACUGCAGUGGCUCAAUACCUACACCUUUCCCGUAGAAUCUCGCUUCAAAGAUUUGGAGUUUGCCAACAGGGUCUACACCGAAAUAGUGAAAAGGACACUGAGAAACGGAACAACCACUGCAUGUUACUUUGCGACCAUACAUACAGAUGCCUCUCUCCUGCUGGCCCAGAUUACAAAUGACUUUGGACAGCGUGCCUUGGUGGGUAAGGUGUGUAUGGACAGGAACAAUGCCGUGGAAGAUUACAAAGAAAACCUUCAGGAGUCUCAAGAGGAAACCUGUCGGUUCAUUGCAGAGCUCUUAAACAAAAAGUACCCCCUAGUGAAGCCAGUGGUGACUCCCCGCUUCGCUCUAUCCUGCUCCGGAGCCAUGCUAGGACAGCUGGGAGCACUCGCUAAGAAUAACCGCCUGCACAUUCAGAGUCAUAUCAGCGAAAACGAGGAGGAGGUGAAGCUUGUGAAGGAGCUCUUUCCUGAAUCCGAGUCUUACACGGACGUCUAUCACAAAUACAACCUGCUCACUGACAAGACAGUGAUGGCCCAUGGAUGCCACCUCAGUGAUAAAGAGCUGGAUCUGUUCAGAGAGACGGGAGCCUCUUUGUCUCACUGCCCCAAUUCCAACAUUUCGUUGUGCAGUGGAAUGUUAAACGUCCGCAACGUCCUGAAACAUAAAGUGAAGUUGGGGCUGGGAACAGACGUGGCGGGGGGCUAUUCGGCCUCUAUGCUUGAUGCUGUGAGGAGAGCUUUGGACACGUCCAAAGUCCUGACCAUUCAGGACCCAGACUAUGACACGCUCACCUUUGAGGAGGUGUUCAGGCUGGCCACACUGGGCGGCAGCCAAGCCUUGUCACUGGAUGAAAAAACAGGGAACUUUGAAGUUGGCAAAGACUUUGAUGCCCUGAGGGUGAAUGUAGCUGCUCCUGGUGCACCCAUUGACCUGAUCGAGAAUGAGGCACCAAAGAUUCUUUUGGAAAAGUUCUUGAAUUUGGGUGAUGAUCGUAACAUUGUGGAGGUGUUUGUGGCCGGGAAAAAGGUGGUGCCAUUCACAGGGCCAGCAGAGUAAACCCUUUGGUCCUCAACACACCUCAACCUAUCUCACAGCCUAACAUACAUGUAUAUCCCAGAGAUACAAUAUAUGCAGCAAAAGAAAUGAUCAGCUUGUAGAUAAAUUAGCAGGAAAUUAAGUAUCACGUUAAAGAUAUUAAUGUUAAAUCCAGAGGUUCAGUGGGGGUCACACAAAAUUGUGGUCAGCUGCGUUUGAAUUCAGCCUGCUCCAUAAGACUUAAAGGUAAUUAUUGGGCUUUUAAACAAGGACUAAGGAUAUUAUUAAGUGCUGGGAAUAUUGUACUUUUUCUAUUAGUUAUUGCAGAUAGUUAGCUCUUUGCUUGUCAUUUUUGCUUACUGAAAUAUAUCCAUGCUCUAGCACUUGCUGAUUAAUAAGUGAAUGAUCCUAUUGUAAUGCUUGUGUAGCUAGAAAAUGCUUUAUACCCGGAAGACCAGGACUGCUUUGAGUUAUAAUCAUAAUUCAUUCCGUUUUUCACUGUACACUCCAUACAAACGCAUCCAUUCAAGUGUUUAAAAUGGCAAAACACGAUUAUGUUCUUUGAUUUUUUUUUUAACCGUACAGUCUGCUUCAUAUUGUGGCGCUCAGUGUGGUGAAACUGUGGACUCAGUACAAAAGUUAAAAAGUUACUAUUCCAGCUGCAGGUCUGUUCUGUCAAUGAGCUGAAACAGGAAUCUAGCCGUACUAACAUGGGUCUGAUUGACCUUGAAAUUCACAUACAGAUUUGACUCAGUAAAAAGUGAAAUGAACCUGGUGCCUAAUUAUCAAAUAAGUUCUCUAGUUUUGUUAUACUAAUCUUAGAUUUACUCAUCAAUUACAAUUCAAAUGCUUUUACUACUCAGAUGUUUGAUUUUAAGGACAACCCAAAUUAAAUAUACAUAUGAAUUUAUAUUACUGUUGUCAAACUGUCAUAGAAUUGAUUGGAAAUAAAGAGAAAUUAAAUGGAUUGAUAUCUGAAUAUGUAUUUGUCUUGAUAAACACGGAUGUAUUUAAGACAAAAUUGCUUCUUUUUUUUUAACUUACUAUAGCUAAUUUUUAUCACAAAAUAUCACUUUCUAACACCAAAUGUUAUAUGCUAAAGAUACUAAAGAAUCACCAAGUCUUUUUUGAUUUUUUUUUUUAUGCCGUUUUCCUCUGAUCCGCAGCUAGUUACUCAGCAGUUACUGAUCAACAAUCAUUACCUAGAAUGUAGGUAAAUGUACGUGAAAGAUGAACAAAAUGCCCACUGGCCCUUCCCGCCCACUAACUACAGCUUCCUUAACGACGAUCUUUGCCAUCUGGACCAGACAGCUCAGAGGGUGAGACGGCAAAAGAGAGACAUGUAGAUGUCUAUUGUCAUGUCCUACUGACAGCAAGGCUUCUGCUCCCCUUUAAAUAAACCAUCACCAUUAUGUGCACUGAGGCGAAGAGAUCAUGCCAACAGUCACAGCCACUACAGCCAGAACCCCCAAUCUUCCGUGUUCCUCUCACUUACCUCUGGUGGUAUCAAGUCAUGCAGAUAGCUUGGUGGUACCACCUACAGUAUCAUAUGGGAAUUGAUGAAGACAGUGUGAUAAUCAUUUGGUCAAUUGCUCUCAAAUAUUUUGGAAAUGUGCAUAAUCUACAAUCCUAUGACCUACAUCUACCAUCUUCAACCAACCUCAUUGGUUAGAAGUAAUAACAUAUGAAGUCAAGCAGGUCAGAGACGAAUGGUAGUUUCAGUGAAAAUAGUCUAUCGGCCAAACUUACAGCUCAUGACAAAUGGUACAUUAAAAAAAUAUAUAUAUAACCCACCCACUUUCAUCUGUCUCUGCUUUGAAAAAUGAAAUAAACACAAUUUUAUUUUAGUUUUUGUUU